GUUUGCUUAUUAGAUUCAUUGUAAAAUCAACGUAUCUAGGCAAUAUUAUAGUCUAGAUACAUCAAUUUUACAAUGUAUCUAAAAACUCAACAUUUUCUUAUAUAUAGGACUAGAGGGAGUACUAUAUUAGAUUAACUUAAUUCAUGGAAUUUUGGUCCAUAUUUUAGAGAUGUGGAGAACUUGUAUGUAUCCCAAGAACCUUAUGUUGCUGCCAUGAUUUAUAUUUACCGUGAUCCUUGGUUAUCAAUUAUUGAAAGAGUAUUCUCAUUAGUCAUUACCAUGCUGCAGUUUCUAUAUUAAUGAAUGUUACUCGAGUCACAGAUUCUUAGUGGCGAUUACUAUUUUUCACGUAUCAAAGCUCACACUUUAAACAGUGGGAUUCCAUGAUCAAGCUGCCGAGAUGAUUGCUGGAAAAUUGUUGUACUAGUUGCAGUGCAGUUUGAUUCAGUUUUGCAGUUCGAUUCAACUUCUAUGUUUUUCUUUCAACAGUCCUAACCUUAAGGACAAUGUUGUUGUGGACGGAUGUAGUCAUGAUCCGUAACUAGGAAAUACUCAAAGAGAUUAAGCCUGCUUCAAAAGAGACCAAAGAAAGACAGUUCAGACACAUUAGAAGAGUCCCAAAAAGGGUUGCUGACUAUGCUUAAGGUCUCCUCUUGUUGUCACAUAUAUUUUCAUAUUCCUAUUCCCUUUUUAGUUGUUAGAUUCUAGUAAAGCAUAUGGACUAUUUGGUUUCAUAUUAUGUUUUCAGCUGGUUCAUGUUCGAGCAUUUGAAAUUUUGUCUUGUAACAUGUAUUGGAAGCAAUCUCCGCUAUUCGUGGCUAGGACAUUUUUGUACUCCUCAUGUUAUAGUUUAAGUUGUUUGCUUUGUCUUUGAUCUCGGUUUGUAAUUGGGCUAGAGUGCCCGUUAUAAUCCAUUUAAAAAAGUGUAUUGGAAGUAAUCUUGUCGUUCGAUAUAUUGUCCUGUUUUAGACUUAUACAGAUUGUUGUUCUUGAGUUAGGUACAAAUUGGUGUGUCGCUGUCAUGGGGAAAAAUCCACUGGUAUCAUAGUUGAAGACAGCGAUAAAAUAUGGUUCCGUUGUGAUUCUUCAUAUUUGUAUUGUGGAAAUUUGCCAUCUAAGUUCUUCUCUCUGGCUACUUCAAUAAUUAAUUACCUUUUUGCUGCUUUAAUUCUUAAAGCAAUUUGAGGACGCAUGUGUAAAUUUGGGAUGUACAUCAACUGCCAUUCAUGUUGAGCAAUUUGCUUCCUAGUGAUUUGUUACUCAGAAAUGCAAAAGGUAUGUUCUAUUGAUUACUAGUUAUUUAAACAAUUACGACAAAUAAUAAUUUUAAGUCGGACGUUUACACAAAAAUAAUGUGGCACCACUAUUCAAAAUCUCAUUUCAUUGUAGAAUAAUUACAAUCAUACUUUGCUUUAUAUGUUUUCUUUAGUUGUUACGUUCUGGUUUUAUGUUAUUCAUAAUGGAUAUAGUAGCUAUAGCAGAUUUUUUUAGGCUUUUCCUGAUCACAACCUUAAGGACAAGGUUGUUGUGAACUAAUGGAGUCAUAAUAUGUAGCUGGAAGAUAAUCGAAGAGAUUGGACCUGCUUCAAAAGAGACUUAAUGUAUGUUUGGAUGGACAGUGACUUUAACAAAUUCACGGUGGCACCAUGAUUUUGUUGAAACUCCAAAAUAUAGUUUUUGCAAAAUCAAUGUGACUCGCUAUGAAUCCAAACAUGCACUAAAGAAGACAGCUCAGACACAUUAAAAGAGGCCGAAAAGGGGAUGCUGAAUAUAAGAUUAAGGUUUAAAGCAAACUUCAUAGACUAUGGUAUCAAUCAAUGGUUUUGGAAUACAAGAGCUUGCCUUGGAAUUGUGGACAUAUGAAUUUGGUCUCGGUUUGGUCAGAUUCUGGAUUGAGGUGUGUAUAUCUAAAAUUAGGCUAUGUUUGAUAUACUUUUGUGUACUAUUUUCAGGACUGGAUUGCCCGUUUUUAAGUCAGUGGCGGGAAUUGAUAGGGGAGUUCCAGUAUUGCUAUCAAAUUUGCGGUGGAAGCUGCAUUGUUGCCUAUUAUUAGCUGGGAGGGGUGCAACUUAGCUUGGGAAAUGAUAUUGAGAAACAACAAACCAAAUGAUUAUACUUUUAAUAUAUUGGUUAGUGCAUAUUGCAAGGAAGGAAAGGUGAAACAAGCGUUCAAUGUGUUGGCUAUGAUGAUAGCAGAAGGUGUAAAACCAGAUGUUGUUACUUAUAAUGCUUUAAUGGAUGGGUAUUGUGUAGUUAAUCAAGUGAACAAGGCCAAAGUUAUAUUCAACACUAUGGCCCAAAGAAGAGUGAUGCCCGACGUUCUUAGCUAUAAUGUCAUGAUUAAUGGGCUGUGUAAGAUUGGAAUGAUGGAUGAAGCCAUAAAUUUCUUCAAAGAAAUGCAAAGCAAGAAGGUUAUUCCUAGUACGGUAACUUACAAUUCUCUUAUUAAUGGGCUCUGUAAGAUUGAAAUGAUUGAUGAAGCCAUGAAUCUCUUCAAAGAAAUGCAAAGCAAGAAGAUUAUUCUUAAUACACUAACUUACAAUACUCUUAUUGACGGUUUGUGCAAAUUAGGGAGAAUCUAUCAUGCUUGGGAGCUUCAUGAUGAGAUGCAUGAUAGAGGUCAACCUGCUGAUGUAAUCAGUUACACUUCCUUAUUACAUGCUUUAUGUAAAAACCAUCAUGUUGGUAAAGCAAUUGCAUUGAUCAAAAAAAUUGAAGACCAAGGCAUUCUACCAGAUGUGCACACAUACAAUAUACUUAUUGACGGACUAUGCAAAGAAAAAAGACUUAUGGAUGCCCGAGUGAUUUUUCAAGAUCUUUUGAUUAAAGGCUAUAAGGUAACAGUCUGGACAUAUAAUAUUAUGAUUCAUGGUCUUUGUUUAGAAUUCUUGUUUGAUGAAGCUAUGGCUCUGCUGUCAGAAAUGAAAGACAAUGGUUGCAUUCCUGAUGCUGUAACUUAUAAAGUAAUUAUCCCUGCUCUCCGUGAAAUGUUUUCUAGAGGUCAAUUGUAAGAGAAGUACUAGUUAAGAUUAUUUCUUGUAACUUAUUAGGCUACUUUGAAUUUUGAUGACAAUGGUCUAAUGUUUAUUAUUUGUUUAAAUAUUUACUUGAUAGUUACAUAUACAAAGGAUGAUUGACUACACAAUGAGCUCAUUACCAGUUUAGUUUAAAUGAAAAGUCACGUGUUAUGUUCAUUUUGUUAUUAAAAUUAUACCAAAUGUCUUGGUAAAUGCUAAUACUUUUUGUUGCUCUAAUUUUUCAUAUUCAAAUUCUAAUGCAAUUUGACGAUGUGUGUCAUGUGUAAGAUUGAGAUAUAUAUCAAAUGCCUCCUGUUGCGCACAUCAAUUGCUUCCUAGUUAUUUGUUACUCAGAAAUGCAAAAAGGUAUGUUCUAUUGAAUAUUAGUGGAUUAAAACAAUUAUGACA